AUGGCUUUCUUUGUUCUUCCUCUUGUGUUGCUUCUCUCCAUGGCCUCUCCUGCCACCUCAUGCAAUAAGCAGGAGAAGACCUCGCUACUCCAGUUCCUUGCUGAGCUAUCGCAUGAAGAUGGGGUUACUGUGCCCUGGCGGGAUAGCAUGGACUGCUGUGAGUGGGAAGGCGUCACAUGCAAUGCAAGUGGAGCGGUUAUUGAGGUCUCUCUGACCUCUAGAAGCCUAGAAGGAACCAUCUCACCGUCCCUCGGCAAGCUUACUGGCUUGUUGUGCCUCAACCUGUCGUACAACUCACUCUCUGGUGGCCUGCCAUCAGAACUAAUGUCAUCUGGAGAAUUUCCAUCCACAGUUUGGGAGAAUACAAGGAACCUGGGUGUGAUCAAUGCAAGCAACAAUAGUUUUCAAGAAUGGAUACCAUCUUCUUUCUGUAUCAGCUCAUCAUCCUUCUUUGAAGUGCUUGACCUUUCUUACAACCAAUUCAGUGGCAGCACCCCUCCUGGUAUUGAUAAUUGUUCUGCACUUAGAGUACUUAAGGCUGGUCACAACAACCUCAGUGGGUCCCUCCCAGAUGAACUCUUCAAUGCUACAUCAUUACAGUAUCUCUCUUUUCCUGAUAAUAGUUUGCAUGGAUUACUUGAUGGUGCACACCUAAUGAAGCUUAAAAAUCUGGUUAACCUUGAUCUUGGAGGUAGUACACUAAAUGACAAGAUCCCAAACUCUAUAGGGCAGCUUAAGAGACUAGAGGAGCUCCAUUUGGAUAACAACAACAUGACUGGGGAGCUGCUAUCAGCUCUGAGCAAUUGCACAUAUAUCAUAACAAUUGACCUCAAGAACAAUAACUUCAGCGGAGAGCUUCAAAAAAGUGAACUUUUUCAACCUGCCCAAUCUAAAAGCAUUGGAUCUUCUAUACAACAACUUAACUGGCACAAUUCCAGAAAUCAUUUAUUCAUGCAGCUACUUGCCUACUUGAUUGCAUUGUGGCUAUCUGGCAACAACUUACAUGGUCAGCUUUCAUUGAGAAUUAGCAAUUUGAAGUCUCUUAUUUUCCUGUCCAUUGGUGACAACAAGUUUACAAACAUCACAAAUAUACUUCACAUCCUCAAGAAUUGUAAGAGUCUCACCACCCUAUUUAUUGGGGCCAACUUCAAGGGUGAGGCCAUGCCAGAAGAUGAAAUGAUAGAUGGUUUUCAGAACCUUAGGGCUCUUUCCAUAUCUGAGUGCUCCUUAUCUGGGAAAAUACCUCUUUGGCUAUCAAAGCUCAAAACUUUGGAGAUGUUUCUGCAGAGGAAUCAACUCAGUGGACCAAUACCUGCCUGGAUCAAAAACUUAACUUCACUUUUCCAUCUAGACUUAUCAUAUAACAACCUUGCAGGGGAAAUACCAAUAGCCUUAAUGGAGAUGCCAAUGCUAACAACAGACCUUACUGCAAACCAUUCAGUCUUUGAGCUACUGGUUUAUCUAGGCCAUUCAUUCCAGUAUCAAAUAAUCAGUACUUCCCCAAAAACGCUGGAUCUGAGUCACAAUAACUUCACUGGUGCGAUCCCCCAGGAGAUUGGUCAGUUGAAAUUGCUUGCAAAACUCAAUUUCAGCUUCAACAGCUUAUCAAGAGAGAUUCCGAAGCAGCUUGGUAACCUGACAAAUCUGCAAGUGUUAGACUUGUCAAGCAACCAUCUCACAGGUGCAAUCCCAUUGGCACAGAACAACCUUCACUUCCUCUCUAAAUUCAAUGUUUCUCAUAAUGACCUGGAAGGGCCUAUUCCAAGUGUAGGACAGGUAAGUACAUUUCCAAGUUCUAGCUUUGAUGGGGACCCAAAGUUGUGUGGAAUUAUGGUUGCUAAACUUUGUGGCUUGGCUGAAGCACCUCCGGUCUCUGUUCCCUCCACAGAAAAAAUGAUCAAAAGGGUCUCCUUUGUGAUUGCUUUUGGAGCUUUAUUUGGUGUAGGGGUGCUAUAUGAUCGGAUAGUCUUGUCACGGUAUUUUGGCUAG